AUGCCCUUCUGCUGCCAGUGCCUCACGACCAAGGGCUUCAACAAGUUCCAUGCGCUCGAGAAGGUCAAGGCGCGGGCGACGUGCAAGGAGUGCGUCAAGGGCGGCCGCACGGUGCUGAGCCCGUGUGCCGAAGCCGAGUCCGAACCGCCCAUGACGCCGCCGAGCGCCGCGCCCAAGAAGACGUCGGGCACGACGAUCGAUGAUUUCGAGUUUCUUAGCGUCAUUGGCAAGGGCGCGUUUGGGAAGGUGCUCUUGGUGCGACACAAGGCGACGCGCCAGAUGCAUGCGAUGAAGAUCAUUAGCAAGCAGUUUCUUGUCGAAAUGAACAGCGUCGAGUACAUGAAAUCGGAGCGCGAGAUCAUGACCAAAGUCAGCCAUCCGUUCAUCAUUGGCCUCAAAUACGCGUUCCAAACCGACUCCAAGGUCUACCUCAUCAUGGAGUACCAGCCGGGCGGCGAGCUCUUCUCACAUUUGGCGAAAGAAGGCCUCUUGAUGGAGGCCAAAGCCAAGUUUUACAUUGCGGAAAUGGUCUUGGCCAUCGAGCAUUUGCAUAGCAAGGGCAUCAUCCAUCGAGAUCUCAAGCCCGAGAAUGUGCUUAUUUCGGCCGAAGGGCACGUCAAGCUCACGGACUUUGGUCUGGCCAAGCAAGUGAACGACGGCGACGAAGUCUUUACGUUUUGCGGCACGCAAGAGUACAUGGCGCCGGAAAUGAUCUUAGGCAACGGCUACACGCAGGCGGUCGAUUGGUGGUCGCUUGGCGCGCUCGCGUACGAGAUGCUCGUUGGGCGGUCGCCGUUUGAGACCAAGAACAAGAACCGCAAAGAACUGCACAAGAAAAUUCUCACGGCCAAGCUCGCACUGCCCAAAUGGCUCUCGUCCGACGCGCACUCGCUGCUCAAGUCGCUCCUCGAACGCAACGUGGACAAGCGUCUCGGCGCGGGCAAGUCGUCCAUGUUUGUUGUCCGCGGUGUCCAAGCCCUCAAGGCGCACCCGUUCUUCAAGGGCAUUGAUUGGAACGCCAUCGUGGCGCUGCAAGUCCCGCCGCCGAUGAUUCCGGUCAUUCACAGCGAGACGGACACGAGCAACUUUGACGCCGAGUUUACGGGCCUCCCGCCCACGGACCUCGACUGCUCCGAGUUUGGCGGCGACCGCGAUACGUUCCGCGGCUUUUCGUUCUGCGAAGGGGACCACCACGGCAGCAUCGACGCCAAGAAAACGCAUGCCGAUGACGACGCGCUCGUCGACAGCAUCGCGAACCUCGUCUUGCUCCGCACGCGGUCCAUGUCCCGCCGCGGCUCGAUCGAGCUCAGCGCACACGAGCCUCCGCAGCACGAAGAUACGACGAGCACGUAA